CUCUCUCUCUCUCUCUAAAUCCAAAGUUCCAAACUCUCCGCCUCCCCUCUUCCUCUCCCAAAACCCUCCAGAACGAGAACGGAAGUUUCCCCGUUGUUUUCUGAGAGUUACCCAAAAAACCGUAGACAACAGUCAUACCCACAUUCAGUUUUUUUCUCCCGACGAAGUGAGGCUGAUUCCGAAGCACCGUUAAGGGGAUGGAGGGGAUGGUAAAGAAGUAUCAGCAGAAAUUCAGGAAAGUGAAAGACGAAAUGAGUCGAUGGGAUGAACUUCAAUCUAGGUUGCUUUCCCAGUUCCGAAAUGCAUCAUCAAUCAUACAGAGGUUGCAGCUUAUCCAAAAUCCCAAGAACUAUGGAGCAUUGAAAUGUGUUGGCAGCAUUGAAGAUGCGGUCUUAAGAAAGCAGAUGGAGUCUUUGGAAAAUAUCUUGCUGUCAAUGAAUAAGACUAUGAAAGAGUUUCACAGUAUCGUUCUCUUUCUUGAGAAAACUCUUUGUGAUGGUAGGCAGCUAGUUAAAGGAGGAUCUGUUCAGGCUACACCAAAACAGCUACAACAGCGAAUUGGCAUAAAACCAUGUCUUGCAGAUUGUCUUGAUGGGCUAAGCCAUGUUUAUGAGAUGCACCAAUCAGAGUUCCUUCUUAAAUCAUCGAUUGUAUCAGCGCUUCCAGUUCUAGCCUUGAAGCCCAGUGGCAGUGAUUUAGGUGCUCUCCAGCAACUCUUGGUUGAUCAACCUAAUAUUCCUAGAGAGGAAGUUGAAAUUUACCAUGAAGUUCAGGAACCUAGUAGCUCCUUUUGCCUUCUUCCUGGAAAAGAGUACAGUGCAAUUGAUAUUUGACAUUGUUUUUGCUGAAGAAAUAUGUUGACAUAGCGACAAGUAUGGCAUGCGUCGUCUUCUUCUCUUCUUCCCAACAGAGGAUCAUAAGUUAUCACUUUUAGCAGCCUCAAAGACAACUUAAGUUUGCUUGGAGAAAUCAGUUUUUUUGUACAAGAGACACCAAAGAUGAAAUCUGAGAGGCUGACUUGGCAUUCAUCCAUUGACCUGAGAGUGAUUAGUUGGAUUUAGGAUUAGAUUUGGUGAAAACUACCUGCGAACUGUUUCACCCUUCCUCGAACUCUGCAGCUUGUGUCUGAUGUCCAAUGCAAAGAAUGCAGAAGUUUGAUUUAUGUGAAAUAGGCGUAAUAGUGAUACAUGUAUAUUUUUUCCGGUUUUCUUUUUGUGUGAACAAGUUCCAUUGAUACAUAACAAACUCUUGCUACUUCUUGGAAGAUUACAGCAAUACAAACAGUAGAUUUUCUGUCGUUUUCCA